AUGUCAUUCUCCACCCUCGUUCAGGAUCUCACUCUCCGCGAUGGCGCCGCUCGCCGACCGGCCCAGCCCGCAUCCAUCUCCACCGUCGACGACCGAACUUCACACAUUUCUCGAGCCAUGUCGUACACCAGCACCGCCGCGACCAGCGUGAGCAUUUCCGGCGACAUUGGAAGCCAGUUGCACGGCGGUUACUUCCAUCCUCUGGCCCGCUCAUGGCAGGCCGAGCGCCAACUGACCAAGUCCAUGUUCGUUUACCCGAUGUUCGUCACUGACGGCGACAACGACAUGAACCUGGUCCCCUCGCUGCCCGGCCAGUACCAGCUGAGCAUCGACAGGCUUGUGCCGUUCCUCGAGCCCCUCGUCCACAAAGGCCUUCGUUCCGUCAUGCUGUUCGGCGUUCCCAUGAAGCCCGGCACAAAGGAUGCUCUUGGCAGUGCCGCCGACGACCCCCAGGGCCCUGUCAUCCGGGCCAUUCGCCUCAUUCGGCGCCGGUUCCCCCAAAUCUUCAUCUGCACCGACGUCUGCCUGUGCGAGUAUACCUCUCACGGCCACUGCGGUAUCCUGCGAGACGACGGCAGCCUCAACAACCAGCUUUCCGUCGACCGCAUCUCCGACGUGGCCAUUGCCUACGCAAAGGCGGGCGCCCACUGCGUUGCCCCUUCGGACAUGAACGACGGGCGCAUCCGCGCCAUCAAGCUCAAGCUCAUCGAGGAGGGGAUUGCGCACAAGACCACGCUGAUGUCCUACUCGGCCAAGUUCUCGGGCUGUCUAUACGGCCCGUUCCGCGACGCCGCCGGCUCCGCCCCGUCUUUCGGAGACCGAAAAUGCUACCAGCUUCCGCCCAGCGGGCGUGGUCUCGCCCGCCGCGCCAUUGUCCGUGACAUUGCCGAGGGCGCCGACAUCAUCAUGGUCAAGCCCGCGGGCCAGUACCUCGACAUCAUCAGCGACGCCAAGGACCUGGGCAAGGAUCUUCCAAUUGCCGCCUACCAGGUCAGCGGGGAAUACUCCAUGAUCCACGCCGCGGCCAAGGCUGGCGUGUUCGAUCUCAAGGCUGCUGCGUUCGAGGCCACGGAGAGCAUUCUACGCGCGGGCGCCACUAUUGUAGUCAGCUACUUUACUCCCCAGUUCCUGGACUGGCUGGAGAACUAG